AUGGAUCUUGAAGUGGCGUUCCAGCAAGUGACGACGCGCUACGUUGGCAGCGUUCACGGGCUCUUCAACUUUCUUGAAGCUAUCCUGGGCUCUAUAAUCGCUUGCUUAUACUUCAUGUUCGGCGUCGAGUCCCGCAGCCAGCAGUUCUUGUACCUGACGGCCAUGACGUACGGCAUCAACGACGUGCACUUCAUCUUCUCCGCGCUGCUCUCGGAAGCCGAUUCCACCUUCCUGCCGUCGUCCAUCUACUUCGUCGUGUAUCAACUGACGGCAUCGUUCUGUUACAUCAUCAAUGCCAUCGUUAUCAUGCAAACGUACAACAGCCCUGGUGACUGCAUCUUUGGAGGGAUCGGCGGGCUCCUCUGUGGACUCCUCCACGCAGGUCAUCUUGUUUACACUCUAAAGUGA